AUGCCGGAUUUGACACCGCUAUCGGAGGAAGAAAAGAGAGCCCGAGAACGACGUCUGCAGGCUGAACAUGAUCGGUAUGUGAAAAGCAUAGCAACAAUGCGCUCGUUGCCGCGUCUGCAGUCGACAAUUGCUGGGGCAGGCGGAAAGACGAACGAGCAUGCCCGUCUUGCGGAGGAUCGGGAGAUGGAGCGGCGGCAGCGUCAUCAGGCGGAGGCCGACCGCCUGCUAGAGCGCGAGGCGCGAGAAAAGGCGCAUCAGGCCAAGGUGGAGGCGCUUGACGCAAGACAGCGGAAAAAGCGGGCCAAGGCAGCCAAGAAGAAGGCCAAGAAGGCACGGGUGCGUUUGGAGAACGGACAAAGGAUAAGCUCCACACCCUCCGACGAGGAGGAGGAGAGUGACAAGGAGGACGCCGUGGAAGCUGCGGAGGGAGAGAAAUGA